AUGUUGAUCGAGUUUUGACUGAAACCGGCCCGACCCGUUGCCUGCUUAGUUGGCUAAACAAUGCGGUAGCUUGCAACAAGUUUCAUAUUUUAAGAACACUUAAUGUACAGUUUCGGGGUAGUAAACGGGACGUUCCAAAGGAGGUUGCUUUACCCAAAUACUCAUGGAAGAGGGAGACAUUUCACAGUCCGAUGUUUAUCCUGUCAUCAAACCUAAUCGUGAACUUGAAAAACUAAUUAUUUUCAAAGUGUAUAAGAGAAGAUGGUUUAUUCUACUCGUACUUUGCUUGCUAAAUUGCUCCAACUCAAUGCUAUGGCUCACCUUCGCCCCAGUGGCAGACCAAGCGGCCGAAUUCAUGGACGUGUCUCUGGACCAGAUCAACUGGCUGUCGCUGGUGUACAUGGUGGUUGCCAUCCCUCUGAGCUUCGGGGCCACGUGGAUGCUGGACACCCUGGGGCUCCGAGCCACGCUGGUGCUGGGAUCCUGGCUGAACAUGCUGGGAGCGGUGUUGCGCUACAUAGCGGUCCUGAAACUCAUCGGGAUGGAUGACAGGUUCCAGUUUCCUGUGAUGAUGCUGGGUCAAACCCUGUGCUCCUUGGCCCAACCCCUCGUCAUCUUCACCCCCACCAAGCUGACUGCGGUCUGGUUCCCAGAUCACCAGCGUGCAACCGCCAACAUGAUCGCCUCCAUGUCGAACCCCCUGGGUCUUCUGUUUGCCAACAUCUUCUCCCCCAUGAUCGUGGCCUCCACCAACAAUCUAACUCUACUGAUGUGUGUGUACGCGAUACCAGCCAUCCUGGCCUGUCUCCUAGCAACAGUGGGGAUACGAAGCCAAGCCCCCCCCACCCCCCCCUCUGCCAGCGCUGAGAUGUCCAACUCUGAGCCCUUCCUUCAGGGGAUCAAACUGCUGCUGAGGAACAGAGCCUACCUGAUCCUGCUGCUGUGUUUCGGCUCAGGCAUGGCUGUGUUCACCUGCUUCUCCACCCUGCUGGAGCAGGUGCUCUGCAUCAGGGGAUACACCAACGAUUUCUCUGGGCUCUGUGGCGCUCUGUUCAUCGUGUUUGGGAUCGUAGGAGCGGCGUUACUGGGUGUCUAUGUGGAUAAGACCAAACAGUUCACUGAAGCUACCAAGGUCAACAUGAGCUUCUCAGCACUUGCUGGAACAGCCUUCGCGGUGGUGUCUCAGAUGCGGGGACAGAAGGUCGCCGUGGCAGCCGCCGCCUCCGCCUUCGGCUUCUUCGGCUUCUCCAUCUACCCGGUUGCCAUGGAGCUGUCGGUGGAGUGCUCCUUUCCCGUGGGAGAGGCUACAUCAGCAGGCCUUAUCUUUAUAUCAGGACAGAUCCAGUCUGUUAUCUACAUCAUGCUGCUUCAGUCGUUGACCAAGAGAAUGGCCGACUCCCCCCUGUCGACCUGCUCUUCGGGGGGUGAAGCUGCGCUCAGCUGGAGGGUCUCCAUGCUGGUCAUGGCAGGGAUCUGGAGUGUGUUUACCUGCUGUUUCGUUAUCUUCUUCAACACAAAGUACCGCCGACUCCUGGCCGAGGCACAACCCCCCCAGCAGACUGAUCCAGGCAGCCAGGCAGACGCCCAGGAUCAGACGCCCGGGCUGGAGGGAGAAGCUCUGAAGGAGGGAGAAGCUUUGAAGGAGGGAGAAGCUCUGAAGGAGGGAGAAGCUUUGAAGGAGGACGCACUGAAGGAAGACGCACUGAAGGACGGACAGAGAGAGACGGACCCUACCUGUGGAAUCUGGACCGUGGGAUUAACAGAAAGUGGAGACUGUUAGGAUGAAAGAGAUUUAAAAGGCUUCAAUCGCCUUCAGCAUGAAGUCGAUUUGGAAAGCAGAAUGAGAAAAAUGUGGACCUGAAUUACCGCUGACAGGAUGUUGGAGCAACAUCUGAUGGAUGAAGGUGAUGCUAAAUAAGAUUAGAUGGAGCCCAGAACACAGUGGCAGAGAGGCGAGUAGGUCAAUCCGGCUUCCAUGGAAAUCCUUUCUGUUCAAUUAAGUUGUAUGAUAUUGUUCUGUUGUAAAAUGACUGAGUGAAACUGUGGCCUUGAAUGCUGUCGGCAGAGGGAGCGUUUGCACAGCUGAAACAUGAUUACCUCGUCUCUAACAACCUCGUCUGAAACACUAUACUAACUCAUGUACAUCAACACUCAGGUUGUUGUGCUGGUACAUUCCUUGACCAAAGAAAUGUGUACAUGUUUAAGUACCAUUACAUUUCUAUAAACUGAGAACUGAAUGUA